ACCCAUCAGAUACUGAAAUGAUCACAGAAACUCCAGCACUGCACUGAAACCAUUAACGGUUCUCUUUAGCAGAAACAAAACAUGAAUAUUAAAUGGAUCAUCACUCUCACGGUUCUGUUCAUUUCUGAGAAUAAUGGGAUUUCAGGAAAAGACGUGCGAGUGAAACUUUGUGGCCGUGAGUUUAUCAGGAUGGUUGUGACAUUGUGUGGAAGUUCACGACUGAGACGCUAUGCACCUGAGAUUAACCCUGUGUCCAUCAGUCCUCACGCAAUUCAACACAACAGUGAUCUGUUUUCCAAUGUGACACAAAGUGAAGGUCAGACAAGUGACAACUCUCCAGAGAAAGUGUUGACGCCUUCAUUAUCAUUGUUUCUCAAAGUCAUGGAGUCUCCAGAACAUUCGAGCUCCAGGCUGCAGCGUGACGUCGGUCCUGCAGGAGUGUGCUGCAGAUCCGGAUGCACCAAGACCGAGCUGGUUCAAUACUGCUGAACAUAAACACUCAACACUGCUGAACAUAAACACACAACACUGCUGAACAUAAACACUCAACACUGCUGAACAUAAACACUCAACAUUACUGAACAUAAACACUCAACCCUGCUGAACAUAAACAUUUAACAUUACUGAACA